AUUUUUGCUGUCAAAAAUUUCUAAGCAUACCUUACAGUAGGAAUACAAUGUACCAUUUAUGAAUUACAUAGCACCCAUUCACAAUAAAGACAGGGCAGACAUAUAAUUCAUAUUCAAUUACAUAGUGUUUACUUCAGUUUAAAUAAAUUCAGUCUCCAGUUACUUUUCAGCUCAAAAUAUAUUUGCAGUACAGUGACUGCAUCUCCUUCAACAAAUAAACAGUAAAUUAGUAAUUAAAUGUGUAGGUGGUAACUGUUGACAUGAAUGUGAAGGAAAAAAGAUGAUAAUGAAGGCAGUCCAACACACAGGGGUGGCAGUGUUUCUUCUGUUUAAUAUUUUGCACACAUUUCUUGUACUUUGUUCUUUUAUGAGAGCACAGAGGAAAUAUGUGUUGCAAAUAUGUCACCCUCGUUAUUGUUUACCACAUUUCUAAGAGGCUGGUGAGAAGAGGCAAAACACAAACGGCUGUCUGGAAUGGUUUCUUCCACUAUUCUGCAAGCCUCCCCUGAAUGAGUCAUCCAGCUGGCUCCUCAUUGGAUAAGACCAUGCCAUCCCAAGGGAUUGCCUUGCAGAGGCAGAAAGGCCUUGCUUCCAUUCACAGAAACACUGGUAUGCCUGCCCGUUAUUUCAUUCACAUAAAAGACUUAAUAUCGCAUGUGGGUUUUUUUUUAGCCCUUGGCUUCCUUUUUCUCGUUCUCUCUUUCCUCUUCUUGUGAUAUACCAGGACCUGCCUCAUCAUCCCUGCCUUUAUGUUUGCCUUUGUUUCUAAGGAGAAAAGGCAGACGUGCUCUUUUUUUUUUCUUCUGUCUUGCCAGGCAGGAAACAGAGAUAUUGGGAAGGACUGCAGUGCGAAAUCUGCAGCACAGUGAGAGCAGAAGCUGCUUAUGAAUGAGUGUCAGUAUUUCAGCUUUGCUAAAUGCUGCUGAGGACAUUUUAUACAGAUGUGUGCUUUCUGCUGACUGGGGGAGACAAUGAUGCUGUACUGCUCCGUUUCUUAUCGGCUUUCUUGAGCUUUUUGUUUUAUCAUUUUGGCGUAUUCACCUGAGAAAAAUGUCAGUCUCUGCUUUAUUUAUUUAUUUUAUUCGCUUCUUUUAUUCAUUGCAUUAAUUUCAUUCAGACUGAACCAGUUGCUGGGCAUUUUUCUGAAUCUUUGCCACCUUUCCAGAAGUCAAUUUUGUAAUUCAUGUCUGGUUUUCUUUGUAGAUGUUUUGGCCACAUUUAAGUUGAAAUGAUAAAUAUUUUAUUUUGGAAAAUUUAAGCUAAAUCAUUUUUUUUUCUCUUUACGCAUUUUAAGUUGAAAUAUGUUAGUGAGACGGUUAAUACAGAUUAUCUGGUAGAUUUUUGAUUGUGCGACGCUGCUCUCCGGGCUUGGUGUCUGCUUUAUGUUUCGUUGCUCUGGUAAAACAACAUGGGUAAUAUUUUUAAAUAUAUUUCCAGUCAUGCCAGCUUAUUACUGCAUUUUUCUUUUUAGUUACUUAUUUAUUUUUAUUUAAGAUAACCUUUUAUUUUGGAAUUUUUAUUAAAAGUUGCUCAUAUUUCUGAUUCAUUUGUGAGGUAAUAUCCUUGCGUAUUUUUUUCUCUUGGAAUUUUCUGCUGUUUCAAGAUCCGAUUUAAUGCAGUUUUUUUUUUUUUAUUUAUUUUUUGCCAAGUAUGAUCAUUACCCCCAACAUCCCUCCAAUCUUCAUUUACUGUCCUCUGAGAAGCAAAUAAGAAAGCAAGGAGUUGCAGGGAAUAAAUAUGAGUCCAGGGAAUUUAAAAACUGAUUGGUUCUAGUCUGCUGUUAGUGGGAGUUUUUUCCCUCUCCCUCCAACAGGAAGUGAUUUGCGGUGUUCAGCAAGCCUUUUGUUGAGAAGGUUUUCUCAGAUCAGUGAGUCAUGCUUCAGCUCUGAGCCGGCAGGCAGCAGCCAGCAGAGAGUAUUUGCUCUUCCCUUGCAGUGUCCGUGAUCAUCAGCGACAUUCAUCUUUUUUCUGUUCCAAUUUUGGGGAUUUUUUUAAAUUUUUUUUAAUUUUUUUUUUUGAGAAGCAGCUUUGAGAAGGAAAAGCAGAAGCAUCGCAGCUUGAAAACCUGCACCCCAAAAACUGGCCGGGUGUUUCUUUUAUGCUCGACUUCUUGUGCGACAGUGUUGUGUUUCCACAGAUUUUGUCUCUCACGGAUUGGAUUUCUGCUCCGGAUUUUAUUGAGAAACGAUUUUACUUUGGUGACAGCAACAGCUCUGCACAUUGAAUCGCCACUGUAAACUCAACAGAGAGAGAAAAAAAAUUACAGUCAGGUGGCCUGUGAUUGCUGAGAGGCGUUUGCUGCCUGUGCUACUGCUGCUAUGUUACAGGAGAGGGUUAUCAGUGCGGUUCGGCCACGUCUGCCUGCACGCCUGUGAAGGAGGCAGGCUGUGUGUGUUGGUUGGUUGGUUGGUGGAGAAGAGGAGCGAGCUAUAGAGAGAAGGGUAUGCUUCACCGUACCAAGUAUAACCGCUUCAGGAAUGAGUCAGUAACAUCCGUCGAUGAGCUUCUCCACGGCCUGUCCAUGAACCCCAAGGUCUCGGCCUCCUCCCACUCUGCAGUCGAGACAUCCUUCGCACCCCCAAGCGAGGUCCAGCCCUCCUCCACCACCGCUGCCGUCCCUUCCAGCAACACAACCAGCCAUGGCUCAGAGCAUCUGGAGGAUGGAGGCACCACCCUCUGCACCCUCAUCAACAAGGUCUCCGGCCUGAAAUUCAGCAACUCGGGCAGCCUGCUUGGCAUCAAGGGUCUACCCUCGGCCGUCAAGGACCUGGCUGUGUCCAAGCUGCAAGGGGGUGGGGGUGCGGGCUCCAGUCCCAGCAGCGUGGCGGCGGCGGCAGCAGCAACAGCCGUCUCUGGUGUGGGAGGGUCUCAGUGCAGCUCCCAUUCGACCCCCUGCACACAGUUGGAGACAGCUGUCAGCAUGAGCAAGAAGAGCAGACUGGACGAUCUCCAGCCUAGAGGAGAGGAUUGGAAUCCAGGUGGGGGUGGUGGACUGGUGAGCAAGCCCUCCAGAGGAUGGCUGCACUCGAGUGAGAAGAUAUCUGGUCCAGGAGUCACAUAUGUCGUGAAGUAUCUGGGCUGCAUAGAAGUCCUACGAUCGAUGAGAUCCUUGGAUUUCACUACAAGGUCACAAAUAACAAGGGAAGCAAUCAGCCUGGUGUGUGAAGCAGUUCCUGGGACCAAAGGAGCGCUGCGGAAAAGAAAGCCACCAUCCAAAGCUCUGUCCAACAUUUUGGGCAAGAGUAAUCUCCAGUUUGCUGGCAUGUCCAUCAACCUGAAUAUCUCCACCAGUAGCCUCAACCUAAUGACCCCCGACUGCAAACAGAUCAUUGCCAACCAUCAUAUGCAGUCUAUCUCCUUUGCAUCAGGUGGAGACCCUGAUACAACAAAUUAUGUUGCCUAUGUAGCAAAGGACCCGGUGAACAGAAGAGCAUGUCAUAUCCUUGAAUGCUCUGACGGGCUCGCUCAGGAUGUUAUCAGCACCAUCGGCCAUGCAUUUGACCUUCGCUUCCAGCAGUACCUGCAGUGUCCCUCAAGCAAAAUGUCCUCAGUCCAUGACAGAGUAUUAAACAUGGAGGAGUUGGCAUGGACAGAGGAAGAAGAGGAGUCAACAGAACACCCUUAUUAUAACAACAUCCCCGGCAAAAUGCCACCCCAAGGAGGCUUUAUUGAUACUCGACUGACGAAUCAGAAUGCAGCAUCUGAAGGAGGCCAAACUGGUCCGGGCUUGGUGGAUCAGACGUACUACCAGGGACGGCAUUGUGAAAACUGGGCUGACGAAAGGAAAGCCAUCUUCCUGCAGCAGGGAUCUUUUGAUAUCAGCAGUCUGCCAGAGACUAAAGGUCAGACACCAAAAGCAGCGGAGAUGCCCAUGUAUGUGAACACCCAGCAGAUUGAUGCCCAGGUGCUUGCAGCUCUCCAGGCAGAAGCAGAAAAUGCCACAAAGGGCACAGAGGAGGCAGGCAAAGAGAGCCCCCAGAAGGACCUGUUUGACAUGAAGCCCUUUGAGGAGGCCAUUCAGUCCCAGUCCCAGCCACUGGCCCCAGGGCAGUCCCAGACUCAAGUGUCCAACCUUCAGAAGGCAGCAUCUGUGGACAACUCGAGCCCUCUCCUUGUGCGAUCUUUGGCUUUCCGCGCGCAAGAGGAGCUGGAAGGUCAGACGUGGUACCACGGCAAAAUGAGCCGCCGCGAUGCCGAGAAACUGCUUAAGAGCGAUGGGGACUUUCUUGUCCGCACAAGCACUACCAACCCAGGGUCCUACGUUCUGACUGGUAUGCACAAUGGACUUGCCAAACAUUUACUGCUUGUGGACCCUGAAGGCACGGUACGGACAAAAGAUCAUAUAUUUGACAGCAUUAGUCACCUUAUUGGCCAUCACCGUGACAACAAUUUGCCAAUUGUCUCAGCUGGGAGUGAACUCUGUCUCCAUCAGCCUGUUGAAAGGAAAUUGUGAUGCUUGAAAUGCCUGAUGGGAAGCAGAGGGCCUUUAAAUGCCCUCUCCUGGAACUGGAAGAUGCCUGCAAAAGGCUCUAUGUGCUCAACACUGACCUGCUUUACUGGAGUCACUGGAGUACUCAAGAUUUGUUAAGGAUUAAGGAAAACUAUUUAUAGAAUUGCUAUUAUUUUGUUGUGAUGACUGAAAUGCUAUAUUUUUGAGAAGAAAAAUCGGUGCAUUUGGACUUAAUACUUUGAUUUGGUGUUUGAAGAAUCAAUAAAGCGACAAAUUGUUCAUGUAGUUUAGAUAAAGUGCAGAUAAAACCUCAAAGAGGCGAGAGGAAUAUUUUAAAAAUAAAAACUCUAAACUAAGUUUUUGUCUGUCAAGCACAACCAUAUUUCUACUGAAAGUGUUGACUCAGUGGUUGAAGAAUCAGAAACGGCUCUUUUAAAUAAAUUCUAAUAGAAAAAAAAAAAUGCCCUGAAACUGACCAUUAGUUUGACAGCUUGAUUUAUUAGUCUCCAUAUGAAAGCUACUUUUGUUGGAGAUUGAAGCUGUUGUCACAGUGUCGGGGAGCAAACGGACACCUUUUCAUACUGCUGUCAAUGGCUUUAGAGAUCAGCCUUUUUUUAAUAAUUAUAAAGUAUUUCCUUGUGUCACUGCAGCCGCAUGACUUCAAAUCAAUUGUUCUCGUGGCCGUGUUCGUAGACCUCGAUUCCCCUUUAUUUGAAAGGAGGUGCUUGUGUAUGCUGACACUGUAAAAAAAACAAACAACUAUAUAUAUAUAUAUUUCUGCUUUUUCAACCAGUGAUUUGUUUUGAAUUGGUUUUCUCUGAUUUCUUUUAGGUGUUUUGUCGGUGAUUAGUUUUUGGUGCUUGAUUCAUACGAUUUAAUAUCCUCCUAUUUUAAAUGAACGCGCUCGGCUCUUUGGGUGAACUUUUUAGAAAAAGGGUUUCUGUUUUUUGAAUGAUCACAAAUGAAUAGCACAAUCAGAGAUCUGUUUCAGUCGCACUGGAUGAGUGAUCACUGUUUCAAGGUGUCAUUAAUGGACAUGUUGCUUUUACAUCCACUAAGGUUAGAACAGAUUAUUCACUUGCACUUAUUGAAAAUGCAGUUGCAUAGAUUCAAUGUGUUUAUCUUAAGUCACGACUAGGCAUGGGCUGGUCAGUGUUACGUCUGUACAUAGCCCUCAUUUGGACCUACAUAUUUAGGCUUUGCUCACUCAAAACUGCCAGCUAGGUCUAAAAGUGAUUUAAACUUACAAUUAAAAAGAAAAUCCACAAAAAGUCUGUAGCUUGUGCUAAAAUGACGGAAGCAAAUUUAAAGACAGCUUGUAUUUUAUUGGUAUGAAUGAAUUUGAUUCUUUUUAUCAAAUGAGAUAAAAAAUGUCUUCCCAAAUAUUCUGAUUUUUUUAGAUAAAGAGUAAGGAGUGGCACAAACCGUGUACAUACUUGUGCUUAAAUUGCAGAUAAAGUGUUUUUACUUUUAAGCAGUAGAGGGAGUAUAUUGACAACCAAACCUUUUAUUGUUUAUAUCACCAGAAAUAAAGUCCAGCUCCCUUUUCAUGAGGAAAUAUCCUAAUUUCCAACCAGAACUGCUGCACUCUCCUACAGAGGCAGCCUCUCGAUUACUGAUUAAACAGAGAUUAUGCUGUGUUGGCAGAAUAUCUGAGGCAUUUGAUGAAUUUAUUUUGUUUUGUUUUGAGGGGGGAAUCAGUAAUUACUUAGAAAUGAUAUUAAAACCACAGCUGCUAAACUGGAAAAAUCUUGUAAACUCAUAGCUCAAGUAGUAAAGGUAUUAUAGUAAUCUAGAUUCCCCAAACUUAAGUUCAUUCCACUGCUCUUUUUUUCAGUCUUAGUAAAACAGGACUACAUUUAGACUUAUAGUAAACACAUAAAAAUAUACAGAAAAACAAGCUGAAAAAUGGUGAGGUGCGUUGUCAACAUACAGGAAAAUACUACGCUUCAAUUUCUUUUAUUUUAAACUGAAAACAACAAUUAUUCCGUCUGUUGCUAAACUAAGCUUUAAUAAUGAUGCUAUCUACAACAUUUUUUUCAUGUGGUUGAUUAAAAAUGUAGAGAAAACAUCGCUAAGUUCAGUAGUAGUUGUUCAGGUGAUUAUUGCCCAGAAUGUUAUACAUUUUUUCCAUGUUUUAUUUUGCUGUAAUUCAAUUAAUCAAACUUUGUAGAGGUAGCCAGCUUUCAGUCAGAUAUGUUGCUUGUUGCUUCCCGAUUGUUGUUUCUGAAAACUGCUUCAGAAGCUGAAGUUAUGCCUUCACUUUCUCUGGUAAUGCGAGCCAGCCUAU